CUCGCUGCUCACCGGGACCCGUCAGAUCUACCUGGCAUGACGCCCGGCAGUGAUCUCGACAGGCAAAUCGAGCAGUUGAAACGAUGCGAACCUCUAUCAGAGUAUCAGGUCAAAGAGCUCUGCCUCAAGGCACGAGAGAUCCUCAUCGAAGAAGCCAACGUGCAAUGGAUAGAUGCACCCGUCACCAUAUGUGGUGACAUACAUGGUCAGUUCUGGGAUCUCAUGGAGCUCUUCACCAUCGGAGGCCAAUGUCCCGAUACCAACUACCUCUUCAUGGGCGACUUUGUCGACCGCGGCUUCUAUUCUGUCGAGACGUUCUUGCUGCUGCUCGCGCUCAAGGUUCGAUACCCAGACAGGAUGACACUCAUCAGAGGCAAUCACGAGUCGCGCCAGAUCACACAAGUCUAUGGCUUCUACGACGAAUGCCAGCGGAAGUAUGGCAGCGCGUCCGUAUGGCGCUACUGCUGCGAGGUCUUUGAUUAUCUCGCACUAGGAGCCAUAGUCGAUGGCCGCGUCUUCUGUGUACACGGUGGACUGAGUCCUGCAAUACAUACCCUAGAUCAGAUCAAACUGCUCGAUCGAAAGCAAGAGGUCCCGCACGACGGGCCGAUGUGCGAUCUGCUAUGGUCAGAUCCAGAAGAGAUGGACGGAUGGGGUAUCUCACCGCGAGGGGCCGGCUUUCUGUUCGGCGGUCCCAUCACGAAGCAAUUCAUACAUUCAAACGACCUUGAUCUCAUCGCCCGAGCCCAUCAGCUUGUGAUGGAGGGCCACAAGCUCAUGUUCGACAACACGAUCGUCACCGUGUGGAGUGCCCCUAAUUAUUGCUAUAGGUGUGGCAACGUUGCCUCUGUCCUCCAGCUCGAUGAAGACCUCAACCAAAAGUAUGAGAAUUUCAAUGCAGCUGCACAAGACUCUCGGGGAAUACCAGCAAAGGCGCCUGCCUCGCUACUCUACUUUUUGUAAGGUCCGUGCUGUGCAACAAUGUACCAACAAGCAAGCAAUUUGUUGUACAUCCCAUUCUGUAAUGCUACCAAUCUUCAUGUAGAUGCGCCGCCUCUACCACUGGCGGGGUCUCCGUCUCUUCUGUCGCGCGGAAUCUGACGCCUGCACGAGGUAUACUUCGUUUCGCAUCCUUAGAUCGAAGAGCAGAAGCAACCGGUCUGGCUUCAGCGUCGACUUUGAGCUUCUCGCCUCCGCCGACCGGUUGUGCCUCUGCCUUUGGAAUCUGUCGCUCACCGACACCUCCUUCGACGUCGAGAUGCAGGGUCUCUAUGACGAAGCGCUUCCUCUUGAGUCUGAAAGCGAGAUUAUUGUCUAAUCCGCCGGCACCCGACGAAGCUGCACUACCCGCUGCCAGCCCUCGCAGCACCGAAAGCUUGGUCGAAG